UGUAGCAUUUGUAAAUUAAAAACUCACAACAAAAGAACAUGUCCAAACAAAGGUAGUGAACCUUCCCAACCACCUCAAAAGAAAGCUAAGAAUGCAUUACAGCCUACACCAACUGAUUCUGACAACCAUGGAUCACACCUUAAUGCAACUGCCCAACCAAGUAGGUUAGGGAAAGGAGGAAGGGUAAUUAGGGGAGGCAGGAGUUCAUCAACUGAAGUAGGUGGUGGGGGUUCCAGAGGUGCUAGGGUGUCAGGAUAUGCUAGGGGGGUCAACAUCUGCUAGGGGAGGAGGACCUGGCAGGGGGUCAACAUCUGCUAGGGGAGGAGGAGCUGCCAGGGGGUCAAGAGCUUCUAGGGGAGCAGGAGCUGCUAGGGGUGCAGUAGCUGCUAGGGGUGCAUCAAGCAGUGGCACAGGUUCAAAGGGAGCUAGAGGUGGAAGGGGCCCUUCUCAAAGUGGUCGUCCUAUGGAGGUUUCUCAAUCAAUAGUUUCAACCUCGAAAGGUCCAUUCAACAGCAGCCAAGCAUCAACUACCAACACAUGAACCCCAAUUCUGCCAAUUCAUUAUUCCUAGGGUUACAAAUGUAGUCUCAUUAAUCUGUUUUGGACUUGUUAUGUAUGUAGUUUUGUUGCCUUAAACAAUGGGUAUGCUAUUUGUAGUCCUAGUUUAAA